AUGGGACAGGAGCGGUAUGGGAACAUGACUCGUGUGUAUUACCGGGAGGCGGUAGGAGCACUGAUGGUGUUUGACGUGACCAGGGCCUCCACAUUUGAUGCCGUACUGAAGUGGAAGGACGAUUUGGACUCCAAGGUGACCCUGAACCACGGGAAGCCAGUUCCAACUGUACUCUUGGCCAAUAAGUCAGACCAACUGACUUCCCAGCAGCCCAAACUCGACUCCUUCUGCAGGGAGAAUGGCUUUGUUGGUUGGUUCGAGACCUCUGCAAAGGAAAAUACUAACAUUGAGGAGGCAGCGAGCUGCUUGGUCGAGCACAUCCUGAACAACGAGGACAGCCCAGUGAUAGAGCGAGACCCCAGCACACUUGUCCUGUCUGGAUACACUAACAGCACAAAGGAUCAUCUCAACUGCUCGUCAUGUUUAAAAUGGUGACUCAAUGGUGACUCCUGACCACUCACAGACAAGCAGGAAGUGAACAGCUGUGAGGUCACAGCCACAGAGAUGAGUUUGCUCAGGGACUGUUUGUAAUGAAAUGCAUUUGAUCUGAUCUCACAGUGAGCAGUGAAUAGAAAUGUAAAACAGGUCUUUACUGGUGUGGGUCAGUUGUGUUCACAUAGCAGGGCAACAUGGUGGCUGGCACAAGUGGGAAUUGUAGUCUUUUUUAAAAGUAAUUACAUGAAACCUGCAUAUCUUUGGUUACAUUCUGUGAUGGAACCUUUAUCUAUUAUCAAUAUAAAUGUACACUACCUUUACCUUUAUUUACCGUUUUGCUUUAAAUAUUGGCAUUGUGCCGUUGACAUUAGUCUGAACUGACAUGAUGAUGGCAGUUUUGUCUGCGGUGUGAACACACACCUAAGAACAUAAAGCCUUCAUUAAUUCAGCCCAUCAUCAUGCAGUUAUUAAAGUCAGCGAAUAAGAGUGAAUUAAAAAAAAGAGUCCUAGAUUUCAAGCAUUUUGUGGAGCUAACAUGAGUGCUCAAUUCAAUUCAAUUUCGUUCAUAUAGCACCAUAUAGCACUAUAGACCCAAGCUCAUUGGUGGAUAGUCACCCAUGGCGAGUGUAUACAGAGAAAGGUUCAGUGUGUUGGUCAUUAAUGCUUGAACAGGAAUGUGACAUUGGCUACCAUAAGAAGCUGAUAGGAUAUAAAUCCUAUCAAUCAAUAAUCUUCAAAGAGCAGUGUGUAGGAUUUAUUAGCAUCUAGUUGCUCAUUGCACCCACCUUGUCUCACCCUCUUUCUGUGAAGAUGAAACUACAGUGGCAUAGCAUGCAUGAGAAUAUGUUUUGAAAAAUGUUAAAUUAUUCCUUAAUUUUUAAAUAUCCUGCAGGAGCUGAUGCUCAGACAGCUAGUAAGCAAAUUACUGGAAGCCAAAAAUUCUCUACAUUAAAGGUGUAGUGCUGACUGCCGACAGAGUCCUCCCCAUGUUGAGUAAUCAAAAUAUUGUUAUUAUCAUGAGUCAAUUGUGAAUCGUGUAGCGUGUUCCUCUUUUUGGUCUGACUGGUUUCAGUGGCUUUAAACUAAUCAGCAAAUGUGAAGAGUGAAUCUUACUGAACAUUUAACUAACCUCCUAUCUUAUAUUACAUUACAAAUGUCAUACUAUCCAUCUGCUUAGGAUGAAUCCCUUUAUCUAACAUUAACAUUCAAAGGAUACAGCAAGUGUAUUCAUAAUUACUGUACCUGCUUAAAAGAGAAGACAUUUUCCUUUACACUGGAUCAUGAACUGAUGGACAGGAAAAUCUGUUCUUGCAUGCUACAGAGAAAAACACACAAAUCCUUUGCAGUCAGAAAUAUACAUACAUUUUGUGGAGGUAAUGGAAGAGAGGCAGUUUAGCAGAUAUGUCCAUUAAAAGGAGCAUUUAGUGAGUUGAUAAAAACUAAAGGUUGUUAGUGGACUGAGGAGUAGCAGCAGUAAACCACUUUACGACCUUCUUCUUUUGAAUUUUGAUAGCAAACCUGACUCCCUGUCAAACUAUUGUCUCUAUUGUUGGUAUUCCUCAACUCUAUAAUCAAUUUCUUGCUGGUCAAAGACACAGUAUGUGCAUCUCUUUCAAUGAUGAAGAACAGAAUAGCUGUCUUUGUUGAGUCUGCCUCAGGUGUUAUUUUAAAUUCCAUGUUUUCAAAUGAGGUAUCUGCUUUAUAUUUGACUUUGCUCCCUUUGAUGUGUAAUAGUCUGGCCCUUUAAUGCAACACUUUUGUAACUGUAUUUUCUGUAACACUAGGCUACAUGCAAUAAAAAAAUGUAUUUGCGCAAUAUGUUUUCAGCAGCAUCAUUUAAUCAGGAGCUUUGCAUGAAUAAAAAGACAUGUCACAUCCUCACAACUCAAGCUGCUUCAACUCUCAAAGUGUGCAAACCUGCCUUGACAAUGACUUGACUCCCAAAAAGAGCAAUAA